CAAUAUUAUUGAUUUGAGUGUCGAUUGCAUUGAAAUCGGUAACGGACAAGUGUGUUCGAAAAAUAUUCAUGGGUAGACAGGAAGUGAAUAGUCGAUGAAAGUUUUCGUGACGAGAGCCAUCUUGAUGAGCAUCGGCUUGCUCGUGAUAGACAGAGGACGAGUCUGUGGCGGCGGCGACGGCGGCAAUGGCAUCGUUUCUAAAUGUUUUUGUAAUUUCUGAACUCUCGUAUUAUUUGCAGUUAGAAUAGUCGCUUUUAUCGGUAACGAACAAUCACGGUGAGCCGGCUAAUAAUUCAAGAACAAAUUAUAUAAUAAAACCUUGCGGAUAUAAUCUCAAGUAUUCCAUUGAAUAAAAUGGAGGGAGGUGAUGGCCCUUCGGCCAUAAGUAGUAAUCCUACUGCUAUUAAAGCUGCACAAGAAGAGAUGGGAAGAUUGGAUGUUCUUGUGUGUGGUCAGUGCCAUUCAGUUUUUCAUUUCAUUGAAGAAUUUCAAGAGCAUCGUACAAAAGAAGGCGCUUGUACUCAAGUUUCACAUUUUCGUGAAAAUAGCAAUAAUGAGCAAAAAGCACAAGUGUGGGCCUUUCUUUUAUGGAAAGAUUCACAAAUCCAGCAGGAAGGGUCAGACAAGGACUCAACAAAUUCAUGGAAACUUUAUCAGAAAUGGUGUAAAAUGGAUACGCAUAUAAGAGAUUCUUGGAUUGCAGCUGGAAAAACCAUUCAAACGUUUACCAAAAUCAGUAAUGCAAAAAUGCAGGAUGCACCAAGACAGAAUCAAAUAAGUACCAAUGCAGAAGGAAAAUCUGUCGUUGUACGUAAAGUUAUUCGCAAUGGACAGCCGGAGGAUGCUGAAAGGAAAGACGGUAAAGCUUCAGAAACAAGGAAUCAGAAAAACGAGUCUUUCGAUACUGAAGUAGAAAAGAAGGAGAAGCCAAAAUUGAAACCUUCUAUAAAACCCAAGGGUAAAUCUAGUAAAGCCGGCGAAGAGGGCAGAGAUUCGAGUGAUGAAGAAUAUACGGUAGAAAAAAUUUUAGCGAAACGUUUCAAUCCGAAAAAGAGAUGUUCCGAGUAUUUAUUAAAAUGGGAGGGUUAUGGACACGAACAUAAUACAUGGGAACCUGCUGAGCAUGUAGCUACAUGUAAACAUUUGUUAGAAGAAUUUGAAAGAAAUCUUGCUAAGCAGAAGGAAUUAAAAGCAGCUCAACAGCAGGCUAAUUCAAAAGCAGCAGGACGAGGAAGUCAUCUUGCUCAUAAAACUGUUAUAAAAGCAGAAGCUAAACCUGGACCAAGUACUGCAGUUCAUGUAGGGCGACCAAUGCGUUCAAGUAAAUCAAAAGCAAUGGAUCAAGUAAAGCAAUGGUGCGGUUCAAUGAAAGACGAGGACAAUGAUUUAUUAGGGAAAAGAAGAAUGGAUUAUUCCGAGAGUGAUUCUGAGGACGGAGGCAGCAGUGCUGCAAAACGAGCAAAAGGUGACACUGGUAGCGACGAAGAUUGGACCGGAGAGUCCGAGGAGGAGAGAUUAUUAGGCCGAAGCGACGUGAUCCAGCGCGCAUUUAAUCGCGCCAAUGCUCAGUCAAACGGUUCUAACAGAGCAAGUGGUUCGUCUUCAGAUCUUGCGACUUCUUUGGGACUUCAGUCUCCCGAAGGGGCGAAAUCUAAUCAACCGCCAGUUUUAGUUGCGAACGCUAAAGGUGUGGUUAAAGUAGACCCGAAGCAAAUGCCAAACUUAACGUCUGGCGUGUACGUAAUGUCUCGUAAAGAUGGGAUCAUCAAAUUGGAUUCAUCCCCUAGCGGGAAAUUAUCCGUAAAAGGUUCGCCGACUACCCAAGGUGUUCUGAUGGUUCAAAAUCGGGAUAAUACUAACGUAGUGAGGAAGCAAGUAAUAUCCGCAUCGCAGUCAAAUUCUGUAACACCUGUAAAGGUGGUAUCUAAGAUGGAUGGAAGUCAAGUAGUAACCCAGAUGAAAGUAGUUUCUAAGCCGGUUACAACUAAAACAGGAGGUACACAGAAAACAGAGCCUAUAAAGAUCCAGCCGAAACCAGAUCCGACACAGUUACCGCAGAUACAUGUCGUGACCGCGGUGCCGGCUCCCAUAACUUUGCAACCAAGACUAAGUACAGGAAUACGUCCUGGACCUGUUACAGGCCAACGCGGUGCGGACGGUCGUCCAUUGUUACCGAGACCUCCGCUGCGCGCGACGACACCCACUAGCGUACUCGGAAUCGGAUCUACAAUUCGCACACCUGUCAGGGCGCCAGCCCCGAGACAAGUUCAGUCCCAGCAAGCUCGUCAGGUGCUACAAAAACGUACAACAACUGUAACCACCCAAAGUAAUUCGGUGAGUCCUGGAAAUGUUACUCAGAUUAGACCGAAGUUUACGGUGCUUAGUCCACAGCCGAAGCAAGUGAUAAAGUCUGGAACUAGUCCAGUGCAACAGGUUAAACAGCCGCCGAAAACACCAGUUGGUAAGCCACAGUCAUUAUUAUCUCCGCAACAAAAGUUAUUAAUGGCUAAAAGGAAAGCUCAAGAAGCAGCGGGUAUCAUUAAACCAGGUGGCCGUGGCCUCCUAGCAGGUGCUCGUGCUACCGCUGGACGAGGUAGAGGGAAAUUGGCUGAAACACCAACCGCAGCUACCGUGCCGGGAAGCAAACAGAAAGAAAGUAAAUUGGCGGAGGGCGAUGGGCUUCACAUGGAAUUCCACGAGGUAGGCUCCGAAGAGAGUAGCAGCGAGGGUGAACCGGAACUUCCACCUCCGGAGGGCGAUACCAUAGCCACUACGGAACCGGACAGUCCACCCAGGCCGUUCACUUUGUGCCCACUGACCGGACGCAUCAUCGGUCCGGAUGGUGAACCAGUCGAGCAACCAGCUGAGCCAGAACCCGAACCGGAACCCACCACGCCGUUGUCCACCGUCAAAACGACUACCACCACAUCCGAGAGUAUAGACGUUACUGCUACCGCUACCACGACAGAAUUGGUGCUACCUUCCCUUGAUUCUCUUACAGAGGCUGGUGGAAUCAUGAGAGUCGAAAUGAGUCCUGGCGGAACAACAGGCACGAUCGUUCAGACGAGCGAACCAGCCCAAAUCAACUUAACCAACGUCUCUGUCCCAGCUCCGGAUCUUCCUUGCUUGGACGAUACCGCUCCUGCCGUGGCUACUCCGGCUACCACCACCGCAACACCUUUGACAGAGGCUACAUCGAGCAGCGAAUCGUCGAUCGCUGCUGGCUUGACAACAGCCACGGUUACAUCGACUAGCACGAUAGCGAUCGCGUCCACCGAUGUAACUAAAUCCGAAGAGAAACUGUCGGAGGAGAGGAAGGUAGCGGAAGACGCGUCCAACUUGGUAACGAUAACCGGCGAGGACGGUGUUGUUUAUCAAGUGGCGGGCCAAGCCGAGGAUGGUCAAACGUUGUUAGUCACUCGUGACGCUGAUGGCGAACAACAAUGCGUGUACGUUACCACUGAACAACAAGGUGACGACGGAUCUGUAUUGACGUUGGACCAUGCAGUGGCGGAAGCUGUGGCUCAGCUGAUACCUGAUCAGGUAAACCUGGCCUCACAGUUUUAUGUAAAGGAGAGUGGAACGGAGCCUACUGAAAAUCCGAUGGUUAUGUCUAUCAUGGAUAACACGAACGCUACCGACGUGACCGAAGGGCAAGAGGAUGGCGACGGUCAUGGGCAAGUCGUAGCUCAGGUCGUACAAGCGGAAGAACCUACUCCAGGCGGUACCAGAAGAGUGGUUCUCCUUUUACCUGACGGGAACCUGAUGAUGACCGAAGUGACGGAAGAACAGUAUGCUGCGCUCGGACUAGGCAAGUGAAGAGACACUUAAAACGUUGACACACACGUGAAAUGAAUAAACAAUCAUGCAUCGAACUUAUACAAUUUACGUGGAAGUUGUACGCUUAAGGGUGAUCGUGGGUUGUAUAUAUUGUAAGAACGUUCACUUCGUACAAUUGCAAUGGAUGAAAUUUAUCAGACAUAUGUUUUCCAGCUAAUACAAUGUGACAGAUUAAAACAACAUAUAAGCUGGUGUAUUGUAAAAACAUAAAACAACAAAAAAAAAAAAAGGAAUAAUGGAUCACAAAUACAGAAACGUAGAAGUUAGAUUAACAGAUAAACGAGUAUGUUUUAGAAAUUUCAUGUUUCAGUGUAAAACGAAUCCGCUCUGGAGUUUUAAUUUUUAUCUUUAAUUUAUAAUACGAGCAGUAAAAAAGAAAAAAAAAACACAACGCGCAUAGAGUAAUAAUAAUGCGAGGAAACGGAUAAUCGCAUCUACGAUAACGACACACACCAUUAUACGUUUGAAAUAAGCAUUGUAUUUGUAGGAUAGUGAAGUAUAAUCUGGGGUUUUAUAUUUUCCACAGAACAGAACAGAUAUUAGGCUUUUUAAUGAAGAUCUCUUUCCCCUGCAUACAAAGUCCAAACUUUACGACGCGAUUAGUCACGUUCUAGGGAAGUCGCGAAGGAGUACCGAUGAUUUAUCAGUGCGAAUCGGCGCUUCCAAACAUGUAAAUAUAUGAAAUUGAUACUUCUCUAGGGGAGGGGGACGGGGACAAAUUUUUACAUAGAAGCUUGAACCUAGUUUGACUAGAAUUUCCCAUUGUACAAGACCAUAGAUAAAAAUUGAUUCUUCCUUUUUUUUUUUUUCCAUUUUGAUUUUUCGUUUAAAUUAUUUUUAUCGACGGUUUAGCAAAUCAUCCGCUCUUCGAUAAAUUUCAUAAAUUCGUACGCUUGUAAAUUAUUCAACACGAGUAUCAUGGACUGUGUAUGCUUAAUCUAUCUAGAUUAAAUAAGUGCACACUUAUAAGAGAAAACACAUCAUUUCUAAAUCUAUAAGGCUUUCAAAAACAAGAGAAUACAAAUACAGUGUUGUUUAAUGGAACAUCACGCACGUUUCAUUAUUAUUAAGCCCAUUCCUAUUAUACAUAUACAUAUAUUAUUAAUAAUAAUCAGAGGAGUUUCUUUGAAAUACUAUAAGUGCUUUUUUAUCAAGACACUGAGAUAUCGCUUCUUAUCAAACUAAAUGUAAUAAUCUUUUCUUUUUUCUGUUUAGAGGAGACUUAUUAACAUGGGUUACAAAAUCCUGAGACUUUUCUCGCUUGUUUAUAUUAUAUUAGUAGAUUGUACAAAGCGUAAUUUGUAAUGUCUUACACGUUAAACGAAAAGGAAAAAGAAACUUACGUAUAAUGUUUAUGCGUGUUGAGAUGAUUAUAUAAAUAUAUAUAUAUAUAUAUAUAUAUAUAAAUGUAUAUGUAUACAUGUACGAUGAAGUUAAAAAACAAAAAAAAUCAAUUCUUUGUAUUCAAAAACUAUGGAUAAAUACGAUAAGUGUACCUUAUGUGAUUAUUAAUCGAAACGUCGAGCAAAAGCUUGUUUUUCCUCGACGUUUUAUUAUGAAAAGAAAAGGGUUAAACUAGAUUCAAGCGUUUAAUUAUAAGAGCAGUCUGAGACUCGCAAUAAGAAAUACAGAGGAGAAAGAACUGCACGAAAUGAGAGAGAGAAAAAAAAAAGAAACAAUACAAUUAUUAUAUCUUCAGUGUAAGAGGAAACUAUUUUGCACGAUGUACGGCCAGGAAUAUAAAAUCCUAGUAUUUUACUAACGUAACCCUUUUGUACAUAGAAUUUCAUUCUCUAAACCUUUAUAUAAAAAAAAACAUUGUUUCCAAAUAAAUCAUAGUCUUAAAAAUUCA